AUGGCAUGGCGGUUCCUCCGCACAAUCCGUUUCCGACAUCUGAGCCCGGGUGUCAGGCGAGAUUCCAAGAUUGGAGGCCGAGGGUUCACCAAUAAUGCCCCGGAGCUGAGUACCAACAAAGGGAGUUUGUUGAGGGAUGGAAGCAGCCGCGUCGUGGAGAAGCGGAAUUCAAUAUUUGCUUGCGCUCCAGAGGAUGCUGGCUUCAAUUUGGAGCAGAAAACUGAACACACGUUUGAAGACGGUGCCCAUUCUGCACUAAAAUCGUGCUCUGGUAUUGGGAGUCUAGUAAUAGCCAAGUGCUCUCAUAUAUUUGAGAGAAAUGGGGACACCUUUGAUGGGAAGUGCAGCUUGUUAGAUGCUCUUCAGCCUGGUUUAUGGCUCUCACCGGAGACCCUCCGCCGAUUUUGGCGUGUAUCUGAGCUGAAGCCUAAGGAUUUUCUUGACAUUUUGAUUGGUUUUGGAACCAGUGCCGCAGAAGUGAGAAAUGCAAGAUUUCUAUGGAAUUUGUACAGGUGGGCAUCGCAGCAGAGCAAGGAGUUCCAACAUCUGCCAAGGUCAAAUGAGACGAUGGUAUCCAUACUUGCAGAUGCUCAUAUGCUCAGUCAAGCUGAAUCGCUACUGCUCUCAUUGGUUGAUCGUAUGGCUCUGGCUGUUUCAAGUGAACUAUUCAGUCAGAUUAUCAAGGCGUAUUCAGAGGCACGCAAUCUUGAGAAAUCAGUUGCACUUUAUGAUUUUGCAAGGAGCAAGCAUUUGAUUCCUUCAGCUUCAUGCUAUCAAGUACUUCUUCAUUUUCUAACCAGAAACAGAAAGGAUGAAUUGAUUUUAAGAGUAUAUUUGGACAUGCUUGAAGUUGGAUUCGGUUCAUGCACCAAAGGAGAUAUUCUUGAUUCUGUUGUCAUGGCUUUAAUCAAGAAAGGUAAACUUUUGCAAGCUCUUGGUAUUCUUCGGCAAUUAAAGAGUUUGGGUCUUAAAUUAAGCAAGGGGGCCUUGUCAAAUAUAGUUGAAGAAUUUAACAAGAAAAAGGAUAUUGGGGAUAUGAUGAAUUUCUUGGAAGAGUGGAGGUGUUUACCGGAGUUGCGUCUUUGCAACAGAAUCCUUGCGUCUUCGUGCACAAAUCUUGGUACUGAUCAGGCAUGGUUGGUCUUCCAAAGAUUGGAGGCCUUAGGGUUUGCUCCAGAUGCUACGACUUUUGGAAUCUUCAUUUUUCAUAGCUGUAGAGAAAUGAAACUGAAAUCUGCACUUGUAUAUUUAUCAGAGUGCUUUGCUAGGCAUGUUCAACCUGGAGUGCGUGCUUAUAAUGCUAUUUUAGGUGGUGUUUUCAGGGAGGGACUAUAUAGACAUGCAAAGUAUGUCUACGAAGACAUGGUUGAAAGAGAAGUAACACCCAAUCUUUCAACAUAUAAGAUAAUUCUUGCAGGAUAUUGCAGGUAUAGGCAGUUUGAUGAUAUUGAACAAGUCUUGAGGGGUAUGAAAACCAAUGGUGUAAAUGGUCUUCCCUCUGGAAACUGUGUGCUCUCUAAGGCCUUAUCAUUCUUGGAUCUAGAUCACCUAGGGGUGAAAAUCAAGAGAGAUAAUGCCACUGGUUUCCCAAAAGCUGAGUUUUUUGAUUCAGUUGGCAAUGGACUGUAUUUGGACACUGAUUCCAAAAUGUUUGAGAUUUCAUUGACACAGAUUUUGGAUAGUGCACUUCACCCAGAUAUUAACUCAGAGCUAGUCAGGGCAUCUCAGCAAGGCGACGUUGCAAGUGGUCUUCUUGUGAAAGAUGAAGCUUUUCAAUGGGGAUAUGACAUUUCAUCAGCUAGCUGCUCUGAGCUAUUCAAGGCCUUAUGUGUGAGCCCAGCUUAUGUAAUAGAUGCCAUUGACCUUAUGGAGGAGAUGCCAGAUAUAUUUUACAAACUUGAUGCUCAAACUUUAGAUUUGGUUGCCCAAACAUUGAGUAGGAAUGGGAUGUCUGCUCAUGCAAAACUGGUUUUAGAAAAUUUUUUGAGAGAAGACUUGUCACUCAGUCACAAUACAUAUACUUAUUUAAUGAUAGGCUUAUGCGAAGAAAGGAACAUAGCAGGGUUUUGGGAAUGUUGGAAUCUUGCAAGAAAGUACCGAUGGUCACCUGAUAGCAAGGAUAUGAUGGACCUCAUCAGUUACUUGUGCAAAUGGGGAGUGAUUGAGGAAGCACUGAAACUUAUGAACCCUUUAUUUGACUGCUAUCAUGAUCUGUUUUUCAGUGCAUAUUGUGCACUUCUCAAAGAGUUGUGCAGGACAGGUCAUACCAGCAUUGGAUGUGCAAUGUUGGAGGCUCUCAAAGAAAAGGGUGUGGCUGUGGAUCAAUCAUUAUUCUUUUAUGUGAUGGAGGGCUUCCUAAAGGAGCAGAAGACUGCUGAAUCAAUUGGAAUGUAUGACAUGUGGCUUAGCAAAAACAAAGAACUAGAUGCAUUUGCUUACCGAUCUGUGUUGCCUUCAUUACCAUGGCUGGAUGCAGAUCGAGCCAAGAACUUGGUAGAAUCUAUGCUAACCGUGAAACUUACUGAAUUCUCGUAUUGCGGUUGCAUCGUGAAGGAAUUAGUGCAAACAAGGAAUAUAAAGUGGGUUGUGCCAGUCUUGCAAGAAUCAACUCCUGGGAAGCUCAGUGCCACUUUGUUAAAUUCUUUACUUCAAGUCUAUAAUUGGCUAAAAAAUUGGCGAAAGUUAGAUGCAGUUCUUUGCAAGAUGCUAAAGAUGCAUGGCACCCUUUCUAUAUCUAGCUACCGCUUUGUUGUGUGCAGAAUGUGUGAGCAGAGUCGUUUUUCUAGUGCUUCAAGCCUUAGAGCACUGUUCCAACAUGCUGACAAGUCAAGAGAACUAAUUGCAUGCAACAUUCUAAUAUUUUAUCUUUUUCAAAGAAGAAACAGCUCACAGGUUCAUGAUUUAUUGAAGGACAUGGAAAGUAAUGGUAUUUCUCUCGACAAAACCACCUAUGACUUCCUUGUCUAUGGAUUUCACAAAUCCGGGCGUACCAAUGAUUCAGUUAAUGCACUUGAUGCCUGUAUUGCUCAGGGACUAAAACCAAGCAACCGCAGUCUCAGAAUAGUGUUAAGUCAUUACUGCAGGCUAGGAAACCUUGAGAAAGCACUAGCAUUAUUUCACCUGAUUGAGUGCAAUGGAUGGAAGCAUGGUUUAAUCAUUAAGACCACCCUCACUUCAUGUCUCCUUUCAUUAGGGAGACAAUCGGAAGCAAAAUCAUGUCUGAACAACCUGAGCAAAAGUGAGUUUAUCGGAUGUUCAAGCAAUUUUGAUGAUCUAAUCAAGGAAUUCUGCAUACUAGGAGAUUUGAAAAUGUCUCUUUAUCUGCUAAAUACAAUGUUAAAGAAAGGAAGACUUCCUAAUGAAGCCAGUUACAGUUCUGUUAUAUAUAAACUUUGUAUAUUGAAAGAGUUUGAUCAGGCACUUGAUUUUCUUGCUGAAAUGCAGUUUGCAAGUCUAAAACCAAGUGAGAUCUCCUGUGAUGCACUUGUACGUGGCCUUUGUGCCAUGGGAAGAACUUCUGAUGCUAGGAAGGUUUUGGAAAUGCUAACCACCUUGGGAUCUGCACCAUCCUAUGGCAUGUAUAAAGUUGUUUUUGAUAACUAUUGCAGAAGUAGCAAUCUACAGAAAGCUGCGGUACUUCUGCAUGACAUGCAACAAGCAGGACAAGUGCCGAACUUUGAGAUGCAUUGGUCUAUUAUAAGCAAUUUCAGCAGUACCAAUGAGAAAACUGAAGGACAUGGAGAGCCCAUUUUGAAAAACCUUUUUCUUUCUGCAAAUCCCCCAUAA